AAACUCAAACACAAAUCCAACUCAACCAGCACCCAGUGGAGAUCGGAGAGAUGGAGACGCGUAUAGCGAGAGAAAAAGCACUUUGCUGUCCGGAACGAGAGACGCUGAAAAAAAAGAUGAUCCGUUAAAGAAAAGACUGCGUCAUGGCUCAUAUCCUAUCGACGGAGAAUGAUUUUAGUUCCCCCAACGGGAACAGAGAUGCGAACCUCGUUGCUUCUUAACGGGCGGUUCCGUGAUCCAAACUGUACAACUCCGCCCGUGAACGGGGAACAGGACGCAGCGCCUGUGCUAGGCAUCGCACUCUGGCUAGGUGUGGUUUCACAACACUUGGAUUACCCUACCUAGUUCUUAUUCCACACACUCGUUCAUAAUUGAAGCUGAAGCCGUCGGGGAUGUGCUAGUCAUCUCGUCGCAACAAAGGGAAGGGCGGCUUUCAGUAACCAUGAGGGCUGUAUCGGCGAAUUUACUUGCACUUCUCUUUCUCUGCACUUGUGCCAGUGUAUUCUACGUCUGGAGCAGAUUGGAGAGAUACAACACAGGACUACAGUUAACGAGUAGGGGUUCCGCUGACAUUGGGCCAUCCCCGGACCUCUCUGCUAAAACUUUCCGGGCUUUGCUCGCCGUUCCAGUAGCACAGAGACUGCAUUUGGGGGGCAUACUGGAUGCCCACAAUCUCACUGGUGUUGCGGAUCAAACUGGCUCUUUAGGAAUCAGAGAUUACCAUACGAAUGUAGAUAACAAGGGGUCAGCACAGAGGGGGGUCCCGGACAAAUUGGGCUCUCCGGUUGAGGGAAUUUUUUGGAGUGAAUGGCUUGAGGAUAAGUUUCCCGUCAGCUUCAGUGAGGAACAUGCCCGGGCAUGGAGAGGGAGAGCCCGGGGACAUCGGAUUGUCAGACUGGAGCCGGGCUGUGGGAGAAUAUCCAAUCAACUGGCCACUUUUUCGGACCGAUCCAAAGCAUGCGUGCGUUAUGGAAUAAACGCGGACCAGGUGCAGGGGGAAACUUUGACUUAUUACCUGGCUAGUUUGCUGGGUAUUACAAAUCUGCCGCCUCUCAUCCUCGCCCAGUUGAACGUUGACAGUGAACAAUGGGCUUCUGUGAGAAGAAGAAUAGGAGGUUUACAGUGGAGUGAGCGGGCGGUGGUCUCGCUCACCCAGUGGGUCGCCAACCUGACAGGGGUAAUCACACCUGCGCCGCUGCGCCAAGAGAGCAAGGGGCUGCGUCCUCUACGGGGGGAGCUGGGGAACAAGACGACGGCGGAGCUGCUCGAGCUAAUGCAGUGGACGGACUUGAUAAUAUUGGACUACCUGUCUGCUAACUUCGACAGGCUCGUUAGCAACCUCUUUAGCCUGCAGUGGGACUCGCGCGUGAUGGAGAGGGAGACCAACAACCUGCUCAGAACACCCCGUGGCGACCUGGUUUUCAUCGACAACGAGGCAGGGCUUGUGCACGGUUACCGUGUACUGGAUAUGUGGGAGAAGUACCACAGCACCGUCUUGGACUCGGUGUGUGUGUUCAGAAAGAGGACAGUACAGCGUGUUAUAGAACUGCACCGGCGCAGGGACACCAGGACUCGGCUGCUCGAGCUGUACAGAGACAGCGAACCAUUGUCUCCGGAAUUAGGGUUUCUCUCUGAUGAACAUGCGGGAGUACUACAGAGUCGAAUAAACAGAUUAUACAAACACAUAUUGCAUUGCAAGGUGAAGUACCACCAGCUGGGCAUUUAGUUUUGAUUCCUCUCAUUUAGAGGUUCUGUAUCUGGCAUCUGCUCCACAGAAUGACGUGUGCUGCAAAUCAGUAACCACACACCUGUACUAGAUUAAUGCGCGUCAAUUGAAACAGUUUUUUAAUAUAUUGAUGAACUACCUCUUGUGAAAACAACGUUUUGCCUACUUUAUAUGUCUCCAUAAAUAGUCACAUUGACGUUGA